AUGAGGGUCUCAGCAGCAUUCAUGGACCUCCCCGCCCCCAAUAUCAACCCAGGGCGCCCCCAGAACGUGCAUGAGGGCAACAUAUUUGACCAUGAGGGUGUCUCCGAGGGCAUUCCAUCAUUGCCAUCCCACAUGGAUCUUGUGGAUGACAAUAUACCCUGGGGAAGCUGGGGAUCACCAGCACUGCCUCAAGAAGAGGUAGUUUUGGCAACAGCCGGGGCUACGGAAACGGGUCAUCAAAAUGCUAGCACUGCCCUGGCCUCAAAUCGAACUCGAUCUGGCCGCCGUAUUACCCAACCGGCUGCUCGAGAAGUUGAGCCCGUGGCAACAAAAGGGCCGCCUGUCAAAGCGGCAGCAAAAAAGCGGAAGCGGUUGAAUCGCCAGGUGAAUAUAGUUUGCACCGGCUGCUACCGAGGACACAGCCCUUCAAACAAUUUGAUUGUUUUAUGUGACUCAUGUGAUGCUCCAUGGCACCAGAAAUGUCACAAGCCAAAUAUAGGUAAUGAGGUUAUUCAAAUCCCGGAGAUGAAUUGGUUUUGCAUCAAGUGUAAACCUGAGCAACGUCAGACAGCCCAGACCAAACCUCAAAAGAAGGCUCUAACGAAAGUGAGGAAAGUUGGACGCCCGAAGAAGCAGCCUGUGUCUGAAUCUCAAAUGGGUGGAAAUCAUUAUUCAGAAGAAGAACGACGGGCGUAUCUGUCAUCUCUCUCGCAUGAUUCCCUAGUUCAGCUUAUAGUGAAAGUCUCAAACGAGUGGCCGUCAGUCCCUAUGUUUCCCGCCAACAUGCAACCCGUGACUGGUUUCACUACCUCACCCUUUGCAACGCCACAAACCCAUCGGGCUUCCAACCCUACACCAAAGAAAACCCCUCGUUCUGCGUUACUCGAUUGGGAAAAUUUGAAACCGUCGUCUGAGAACCCCAACGCCAUGGAUUCAAACCAACGGAUCGGCAAGGCUCCUGAUACCACGAACCUUGAAGCUACUGCCCCGGACCCUGCUCCUCCAGCGGCUCUUGGUGGCGUCACUGCGGACCAUAUUUUGGGUGGAAUUUCUCACGCGCAUGCUUCCACAACCGCUCCCCAGUCUCCCACCACGACAACUCUACAGAAUACUGCUAGACCCAGGCGCAGGUUUACGUCUCAAGCUGCGCCUGCACCUACACGUGCUCGCAAGGCCUCUUUUGACUCCUCGAACUCUGACCUGAUCACCGACGACGAAUCAUCAUACUCCCAAUCACGACUGCAAUCUCCCACACCCUCUGUGUCUCAGUCUUCACACGUUGGAUCCCAGCAUGAAUCGGACUAUGACCCUGAAGAUUACCGCGCCUACCCCGAAGCUGGUCAGGGCUUCCACGUGCCGUCGACCCCAAAUGAUCUGGACAUCAUGGCUGAGGACAAGAAUUGCCUUACCUUCAGUCAUUCUAUCCGAGGUUCAGCUAAGGAGGCUCGGAAUAAGAAGCCUUAUUCGCUGCUGGGCCAGCUCAAGCAGUGGUGA